AUGGAGAAGCCCGAGCAAUUAGCUGUUGACAACCCUCGACGCCGCAACCGCCGCAUCAAUUCCUGCCUCGCAUGUCGCCAGCGCAAGCUGAAAUGCAACCGUCAACAGCCCUGUUCCAACUGCGCCCGAGCCGGCCGGGAAUGCGCUUUUUUGCGGCUGGACUCACAGCAUAGCGUCCGCAAAAAACUCACCAUAUUCAAGGAACAAACCGCAUUGCUGGAGAAGUGCCUUGAGCAAGAUACGGAAAUCGCCAAAUCUACCAAACUGGGGCCGGGAUCGCCAGAGGAGGACGAGGAUGAUCUGCUCGCCACCUCACUUGAAUUAGCUUUGUUGGGGAUUCAGGAUGCAGCUUACGAUCAUGAGGAAGAUGAUGACUCGGAUGACGAUCUAUAUGACUUGGGAUUCCGAUUUGGGAAAAUGCGCGUGAACGAGCGGGUGGGAGGGUUUUUUCACCCGCAGAUGGCGGAUGAGCUUUCCGCCUUUCUGGAUGAAACAGGAAACCCAACCGCACUGCGCACUCAACGCCGGUACCAUCUCAGUGCUGCCGAGAAAGAUCUCUAUUUUGGCCCUGGUCCCUGCUUCAUUCUGCCUCAGUCAGGCCCGUUCUUCAGUCAACCUUGUUCGAAUUCAUUCAUAAUUGAUUGGAGUACCCGGCGACCUAUGGCGGAUGCCCUCCUAAAGCAAUACUGGGAGGCGGUGCAUCCUAUCGUUCGCAUUACCCAUCGACCUGGCCUUGAGCGGCGUUACUGGACAUUCUGGGAAGCAAUUGAUACGGGGCGGAGACCGCCCGCAUCAUUGCGAGCACUGAUUUGCUCUAUGCUCUUCAUCGCAUUGGUGAGCAUGUCGGCAUCCCGGGUCUUGCAUCAGUUUGGCGCUCCGCAGCAGAUCCUUCAGAGCCAAUUGCAAUUCGAGACGGAAAAUGCCCUCAAGAAUGCGCGAUUACUCUCGACAACCAGACUGGAGACGCUCCAGGCUUUUGUUCUAUAUCUGAUUCCCAUGUGCCGCAGCGAGAUUUCCCGGGCGCACUCGGCCCUUGUGGGGAUGGCAGUGCGCCUGGCGGAAUCCCUGGGGCUACACCGAGAUCCGAAGGAGUCGCAAUACUCGGCAGUUGAAAGCCACGUCCGUCGGUUGGUAUGGUACCAGAUUUGUUUCCUUGACCUCCGAACGGCCGAAGUACAAGGUCCACGGGUGGCCAUUCGGCCGGAAGACUUUUCGGUGGAGUUACCUGUCAAUCUGGACGAUGAGCAGAUAGCAGCCGGGGCGGACGGUGAUCCACUGGUGUGGACAGAGAUGACGUAUACACGCAUUCGGUUCGAGUGUCAGGAAAUGCAGCGAAAGUGCCUUCUAGCGCGACUGCAGUUGGAGCAGAAAAAGCUGCCCCUGUCUCAGGCCCUGCAACAGAUUGAAAUCUUCCGUCAACACAUGGAGUCCCAGUACGACCCAAUCUUCAGCCAGGCCGAGCUAACGCCGUUACGGAUAGCAGCUAAGCAUCUGAUGACUCUCUUGAUCAACCGACUCUACACAGCAGUUCUCCACCAGUUCUACCGCGCCCUGAUUGUUCAGCCCCCGCUCCGGCUGCGGCAGCUGAUCGUGAGCACGGGCAUACAACAAUUGGAAAGCUCCAUAGCGCUGGAAACCAUGCCUCAGCUGCAGUUGUGGGCCUGGUACAGCCAGGCCUACCACCAGUACCACGUCUCGAUGCUGCUAUUACUAGAGGUGUAUUUGCGGCCCACCAGUCCGGGGGCAGACCGAAUCUGGCCGUGUCUAGAUUACGUUUACGAAACCACAACCGUGACGGCUUUGGGGGAGGAGGACCGCAACCUGGCCAGUCAGCAUCACAAAGCUCGGAUUAUUCUUACAGCGCUGCGGGAUCGCAUUGAUGUCUAUCGGCGUAUGAGACGCGCUCGCGUGCCGGUCCAGAGCAAUAGCCCGUUUUCAUCUUUCAGAAUCAGACCACCAGAAAGCACAAGUCUGGAAAACCACCUGCAAGAAAGUGGACCGCUGACCGAUAUGGUCGGUAAUUCCCUGUUCCACGGCGGGAUGGAGCAGACAGGCCUCACUGGGUAUGCUGCAUCUGGAUCUGAACCAUGGCUGCUUCCGCUACAGCACUCCAGUGAAUCUUCGACCAUUAUUGAUUUACCGGAGCAUAGUAUACUAUCGUCUUUUGUGGAUUUUGACUGGUCAGAGUGGGACACACUUCAUCAUAAUGCCAUGCAUGGUACAUUCUAA